CCAUUUUGCCGUGAGACAGCAGCAGCAGCAGCAGCAAUCCGGGAAGCAGUGGGGUUUCUGAAACUACGAUGCUGUCGACAGCAGGCUACGCCGAGCCCGCGCUUGGCCUGGGUUGUGAGGCGAAGCAGGGCGCUGCGAUGCAACACCGCUUUUCCCCUUACACCUUCAAUGGCGGGACUAUAUUGGCAAUUGCUGGUGAAGAUUUUUCUAUUGUUGCCUCAGACACCCGACUGAGUGAAGACUAUGCAAUUCAUAGCCGGGGUCCAAAAUGCUACAAACUGACAGAUACAACAGUCAUUGGUUGCAGUGGAUUUCAUGGAGACUGCCUUACACUUACUAAAAUUAUUGAAGCAAGGUUAAAGAUGUACAAACAUUCCAAUAACAAGACCAUGAGUGCUGGAGCUAUUGCAGCCAUGCUUUCUACAAUCCUGUAUUCUCGAAGAUUCUUCCCUUACUAUGUUUACAACAUAAUUGGUGGAUUAGAUGAAGAAGGAAAGGGUGCAGUGUACAGCUUUGAUCCAGUAGGCUCCUACCAGAGAGAUACUUUCAAAGCUGGUGGAUCAGCUAGUGCCAUGCUGCAGCCUCUGCUGGACAACCAGGUUGGCCUCAAGAACUUGCAGAAUGUGGAGCAUGUGUCUUUGUCUCUGGAGAAGGCUUUGCAGUUAGUCAAGGAUGUCUUUAUUUCUGCUGCAGAAAGAGAUGUAUACACUGGAGAUGCACUAAAAAUCUGCAUUAUCACAAAAGAUGGAAUUAAAGAAGAAAUUACUCCAUUGCGAAGAGACUAAAUCAGUGCACUGUACAUUUAAAGAAUUUUGGUGCGCAACCUUAAUUUUUGCGCAGGCUAUAUACUGCUGGUAUGAUAUUUGAUGUAAUAAAAAAGGAACCAAAGCUGU